AUGUCCAACCCAAAGGAUGCAUUCCAACAACUCGCCCGCAUCUUCGCAUCUAGAGACAAUGAAGUCCUCGAAAUCGAGAUUAUUCCACCCAGUCUGGGCGCUGCAUUCUUACAAGAUGGCUCCUCGGUGGGAAUAACCAAGAAAGCAUUAGUGCAGGCCUUCACAGUCGCGCGACAGCUCUUUUUCGACCGGUUAAUACCUAUGUCCGAGGAUGACCUGAAAAGCACCUUUUCCACCCAAUCUCAGCCUACAAAUACAGACUCGAUGAUUACAGAGGUCAUGCUUCUUUUUGACUGUGAACAUCUCACGGCCUGCAAUUGGCGCAAACGCCGACUGCAGGCGGCCAUGGAGCAUUGCCCUGGUAUUUCAAAUCAGACCUCUGCCACAACGAAAAUGUUAGAGACCGAGCUCACGCUCAUGUCGAGCUACCAGUGCUCGCCACUUCAUCGGCAUACCAAGUCGCCGACACUUUGGCAUCACCGGCUGUGGGUGAUAGUUCAUCUUCUCCAAAGGCGUCAGCUGAGCAGUGACGAGCUGCUCCAGCUGCAACAAAGGGAACUGGAAGUUGUUCUUCGUGCUGGAGAGCUUCACCCCAAGAAUUAUUAUGCAUUUAGUUACAUGCGACAGCUAUAUGUACUUCUUGCUGAUGCCGUUGAGAAGACAGCGCAAGCAACCGGGAAGACUAAAUUCGCAAUGUCGAUUGUCGACAGAGUCACUGAUUGGUGCUUAGCCAAUCCACGCGACAUAUCGGGCUGGAGCUUUGGGAUCUACAUCCUGAGCAAUUUGCCCGAGCAACAGAUUCGAGUGCAUACUCUUCAGCGAGUUGUUCAGUUUGCACUCAACGUAGGAUGGGAAGGCGAGAGCCUUUGGACGUUCGUUGACCAGACCUCAAGGCAGUUCUACCUUGAAAGUUUGGUGGUAGAUACCAUAGCAAAGCAUAAUGGUCAUCAAAACAUACCUAGUGACUGGUCCAUGGAACAGGAAGGUCGACAGAAGCAGUCGUGGCACACCUGGCUGGCCCGGGCAAAAGUGUAUUGGGCGGAAAACCAAGAAGAUACUACAUAA